AUGUUUGGAAAAAUUAACCUCGAAACGGACGGCUCAAGCAACUUAAUAGAUGCUAUGCCUACCGCCUGUAUGGAAGACAUUUCUUUCGCAACACCAGAAGCCGACGUCACUCAACAGCAGGGGCUUCAAAAAGAGGAGGAAAAUGAGGGGAGCGGUGUCCUUGCUGAAGUCAACAACACCUGCCUAAACUACCACGAAGCACAGGAAUCGUUUCCUGUCAAGGAAUCACCCAGCUCUCCAGCGGCAUGA